AUGUAUCGCGAAGAUGUCAAUCGUGAUCAUCUAUGGGCUGGAAGAGAAACAAUAAAUUCUCGAGAAUAUAAUAGAAAGAGACAACAAGCAUACCAAGAAGAGCUUCUCCAACAAAUUGCACAAAAAAAUUCUAUGAAAGAUGAGCCUGCCGGUGGAGGCGGAUACUUUCUUGCAAGAAACGCACCUCUAGAAACAACAUUAAGGCCAUCUGCGUUACGCAGAUCUUACGACUCCAGUACCGGAUCCACUCCGGUACAGUCAUCAUCAGGUUCAAGCUCACUGCAACCAUACAUCAAAUCAUCCUUUGGCCCUUCUGUUGGGUCAUUCGGUAUUGCGGGACCUAAAAAUCUUCAAUUUACCCAGACUUUGAGAACUCAAAUUGAAACAGCUACAAGACCUGGUGCUUCUACAGAAAUCACAAUUCCGCCUUUAUCAACAAUCCCACAGCCUGUUCCUAUGUCAUUCGCUGCUGCUGCUCGCUUCGAUGAUGCUAAGUUUGAAUUCAUGCCUAGUCAAACUAAUACAUGGAAAAGCACAUUUGGCACAUACUCUAGAAUUGCAUCUGUUUCAAUGCUUGGUGUUUCUAAUGUUAGAAGUCAACUUAAAAAUUCAACAAUCGAAAGUACAAUUCAGAUGAAUGCUAAACCAUUGCGUGUUUCUCAAAUCGAAACCCCUGUUACUGGAUUUUCAAUGAGAAAUAGUCUUGGUAGUACUACGACUACUUGGAAUACAGGCACAUUUUGA